AUGGCCGGCUUGGAGCUGGACCGCGAGAUUCCUGCUGCUUUAGCAGUGGUCGAACGCCAUGAGAAAAUUGCCUACGACUAUGAUCUGCAGAAGAAGGGUACAAUAUCAGAUGAAACUGCCGAUAAGGCUGAUCCUGUUCACGAGGGAUUGGAGUUUCCAACCGAGGAACAACUCGUCACUCUUCGCAGAGUGUCAGACACCAUACCGUGGACCGCUUACAUGAUCGCUGUCGUGGAGCUGGCUGAACGGUUUUCUUACUAUGGUUCAAGCGCGGUCUUCGUCAACUUCAUUCAACAACCUCUUCCGCCCAAUUCAACCACCGGCGCAGGCGGUUUGAAUGGCCAAUCUGGUGCUCUUGGAAGGGGCCAACAAAUGUCCACGGGUCUCACGACCUUUUAUCAAUUCUGGUCGUACAUAACGCCUAUUGCAGGUGCCUACGUUGCGGACACCUAUUGGGGUCGUUACAAGACCAUUUGCGUGAGCGUCGCAAUUGCCAUGCUUGGCCAUGUUAUCAUGAUUAUCUCGGCUGUACCUGGUGUCAUCGGAGGCAAUGCCUCUGUUGGUCUUUUUAUCCUUUCUUUGAUCAUCACUGGGAUGGGCGCCGGCGGGUUUAAGUCUAAUAUCUCCCCUCUGGUGGCGGAACAGUAUCGCCGGACAAAGAUGUUUAUUGCAGUAACAAAAACGGGGGAACGCGUUAUCGUGGACCCCAGCUUGACAACGUCCAGAAUUUACAUGUAUUUUUAUCUCUUCAUUAACAUCGGCGCGCUCAUUGGUCAGAUAGGCAUGGUAUACGCGGAAAAGCUCGUCGGGUACUGGCUGGCCUACACGCUUCCAACUGUUGUUUUCCUUCUCUCCCCUUUGGUCUUGUGGUAUGGACACGGCAAGUAUCACACUUCACCCCCAACGGGUUCAGUGCUCGCCACUGCGGUUCGUGUGUGGCGAUAUGCUAUGCGCGGACGAUGGAGCUGGAAUCCUAUCAAGACCAUUCGGAACCUCACCGCCGAUGACUUCUGGGAGAGUGCCAAGCCAACCAGAGUGGUCGGUGAGAAACCGGCAUGGAUGAGGUUUGAUGAUAACUGGGUGGAGGAACUUCGGCGUGGGUUUAAAGCUUGUUCCGUGUUUCUAUGGUUCCCAAUUUAUUGGUUGUCCUACAAUCAAUUGAAUAACAAUUUGACAUCACAAGCUGCCACCAUGAGCACACAUGGUCUACCUAACGACAUUCUUUCCAACCUGGAUCCUUUCGCUCUCAUCAUCUUCAUCCCGCUGUGCGACUUGGUCUUCUACCCGGCUCUCAUCCGAUGGAGAAUCAACUUCAGGCCCUUGCAAAAGAUCGCUUGGGGGUUCUAUAGCGGUGCUGCAGCGAUGGUAUGGGCGGCCGUCGUCCAGCACUACAUUUACAAGACAAAUCCAUGCGGAUACCAUGCCGGUACAUGCGUUGACAACAAUGGGAAUCCGUUGGUAUCUCCCUUGAACGUGUGGAUUCAGAGUGGAUCAUAUGUCUUGAUUGCGUUCAGCGAGAUCUUUGCUUCGAUCACGGGUCUGGAGUAUGCGUUCACUAAGGCACCGAGGAACAUGCGAUCGCUCGUCAUGUCCAUGUUCCUGUUUACAAAUGCUAUUGCUGCUGCUAUAGGCGAAGCCUUUGUCUCCCUCUCGACUGAUCCGCUGCUCGUCUGGAACUACGGUUCUGUCGCUGUUAUAUGUGGCGUUUCUGGUAUCAUUUUCUGGAUCCUCGUGAGGAAGUUGAAUUCGCAGGAAGAUAAAUUGAACAACAUGGCUGAAGGACGGUUUGACUGA